CUGUUAUGUGUAGGUAAACAUGAGGGACGGUAAUUUUAAUAUCAUGCGGAGUGGCGAGGCGGCCCCAAGCAGAUGUCGAUCGAAUGUACACACAAGUCGGAUCACACGGACCUGACACAAUAUUCCAACGUACUGGCCAUAUAUACACAUGGAGUAUCGAUGCUUGCUGUGCGGUGAUGUAAAGUUUAGCAACAGGUAUGGAGUGGUGCGCCAUCUGGAAGAAAAGCACUCGGGCUUCCGCUGGGAGUGCCAGCAGUGUACAAAACUAUUUCCUCGCCAGGCCAGCGGGGCUCAUAAUGACGCAGAUGGAAAAGUGUGUAAGAGUUCUUUUUUUGUGUGCGUGUCACCAGAUGCUGGCAGCAGAGGUAGCGCUGCACGGAUCCAGUUGGAUCACUGGUGGCAAAUGGCCCUGCCAGGCUUUUGGAAAGCUGUUCCAGUAGUGGCGAAGGUUCAGAGGAAGCAGCGUCCCUCAAGGAAAGAUUCGCCCCCUCACCAGAAGGUCAAGCUGGAAUCUCCACGUCGGAACACCCUCCCCUCUUCCUCCGUCUUCUAAGUUGACACUUAGGGAUGGGUCCUCCAGGAGUAGAUCUAGGAGUAGGUCUCCAGUGACACCUAGGAGAACUGUCAUCAGGAAAUAUAAGACUAAUGUAAUAUCUUCUUCCUCCUCUUCAUCAUCAUCAUCAUCAUCAUCAUCAUCAGACUCUGACUCAUCCACGAAUAGGUCCCCUUCACCUGUACGGACUGUCACCAUUGAGACCAUCAGUGACCAUACUGUCGUAAAUUCAACUGAUGUACCAUCUUCCAAAGGGCAGGUUUUGGCACAGUCGAAGGAGGUUGUACCGAUCUUGUCUGUGAUGAUGAAAGAUGUCAAGGCACCUGACAUAGAUUUGUUCGAGAUGCAGGUUGCCCAGGAAACCCAAAUUAUUCUGAAUGUUGGCGGUAUAGAUUUCAGGACCUGCAGAGCCACAUUAGUAAAAGACCCUAACUGCAAGCUGGCAAGGAUGCUGUCACAGGGCUCUCCAGUUAUUCCAGAUAAAAAUAACAAAAUAUUUUUUAGAUAGAGACAGCCAUCACUUCCGAUUCAUUUUAAAUUUCCUUAGAAAUGGCAGUGAUAUCAAUACAAGGACCCUGCCCAAGGACACAAGGUAUCUCCACGAAAUUCUUCUGGAGGCAAGAUAUUUCCAGAUUGAAGCCCUCAUUAAGGCAGUGAAGACCCGUCUGGAAGUGCUGGCCUCUUUGGAGUGAAUUAUUGUUCCUCUGCUGUACUGUUCCAGUGUUCCUGUGCCGUGCUGUAGUGUUUCAGUGUAUAUAUAUAAGUAGUGUUUUAACUAUAUGUAACAUGUAAUUCAUGGUUACAGAAUAUGUCGUACAGGAAAAGUUCUUUGUCAAUUGUCAUAGAUCUUUUUGAACUUGUUACAUAAAUGAAAAGACAAUUACACAUGUAGAUUAUAUGUACUCUAGUGUUUGAUCAAGUAAUGCAAUUUGUCUGGACAAAAAGUAAAAUGUUAAAUGUUGGUACAAAUUAUAUUAUGGACUAACUAUUGAGUAGUAUAUAAAUAUAUAUAUUUUUUAAAUGAAAUUUUAAAUUUACUCAGAGUCACCAUCUAUAUAUCUUUUAACUAUUAUAAUGGAGAAUGAAAACUUCAUUGUAGUUAUGAACUUAUCAUAAUAAUACAUUUUAACAAUCUACAGAUUCUAAUUUUUA